CAGUGAUGGUCCUGGAGCCAGAACUACUCGAUAAACACACGAAGAAGACGGACCCCGGAAGCCACGACAAGAUGGCGGAGCAUGAAAACAGAGAGGACGGCGGCUCCCUGGAGCCGUGCAGGCUGCCGGAGCUGCUGCAGCGGGGCUGGAGCACGCUGGAGGAGGUGGAGCGGACGGACGAGCCGCUGGCCUCCACCGGCCUGCAGGCCCGGGUGAAGCGAGGCCUCGGGCUGCUGGAGGAGGCGUCCUCCCGGCUGGCCCUGCUGGACCUGUUCAGCCGUAACGAGGGCCUGGAGGAGCUGGCCACGGCCGACCUGAAGUACCUGCUGCUGCCCGCGCUGCUCGGGGCCCUGGGCCUGAAGCAGACCGGCAGGGAGCGGCGGCUGCAGGUGGUGCGGGCGGCCCGGGCUCACUUCAUGGGCUUCCUGAAGCGCUGCAAAGACUACGACGUCUCACCCUUUAACCUGCCGCGAGACAGGGCCGACACCGGAAGUCCCGAGGAAGCGUCCGCUGCCCAGCCUAAACCCUGCGCACCAGACCUGGUUUCCAUGGCAGCUCAAAGACAAGCUAAGAUCGAGCGGUACCGCCAGAGGAAGGAGCUGGAGGCCAGACUGUCAGAUGUACGGGAAGCUGUGGAAAGCGGACAGGCUGACGACGAGGUCAGCAGAGAUUUCUACCUUCUGAAUGUCCGGAGAUGGGUCACUGUGUGCCUGGAGGAAAUAGAGAGCAUUGACCAGGAGGUGGAGAUACUGGAGAAGAUGGAUGGUCUGAAGCAGCACGCCGCCAAUCAGCCAGCUCAGCCAGCCAGGCCUCCCAUGAAGCCCUUCAUUCUCACCAAGGACGCCGUACAGGCUAAAGUGUUCGGGGCCGGUUACCCCAGCCUCGCCACCAUGACAGUAGACGACUGGUAUGAGCAGCACAGGAAGCGCGGAGCUAUGCCUGACCAGGGGAUUCCCAGCAGGGUCGUCGUGGAUGAGGACGUUGAUGCAAAGGAGAGGGAAGAAGAGGAUAAAGAGAAGAAGGCCGAAAACGAUGAUGAGGAGUCUCUGCUGAGAGCCAGAAACUGGGAUGUCUGGAAAGACACUCAUCGCAGAGGUUAUGGAAACCGCCACAACAUGGGCUAGUUUUCAUUUCUAUUCCGAUCAGUCCGGGAAGUGGACGGACGUUCCUCGCAAUUCUGAUCCUCAAGACUGUUGGUAUGAGAAGGUCACCAAAAACCAAGAAACACACCACAGCGUUGCCAAACCAACCCUGAUGAGUUCAUCAACACUACAGCGGAUUUACUGAUGUUACUGUUAGUCAUUUACAAGGUUGGGUUGGUAUCAUGUUUUUCAGUGAGUCUUAAUAGAAAUCUUCAAUAUGGCUGGAUGAAGGAGGCCAGCCAUGACGCCAUUGUUUCUGCUCUGUAGUGUGUUUUCCCCUAAAACUGUCAUCGGGAAAUAAAGAGACUCAACAAACCAUGUAGUAAGGAAAUCUGUGUGUGUGGCGUAUCUACAGCUUUUCUAACUAGCCACUAGCUAACAGUAACGUGUGGUUUUUUAUGGUGGGUGAGAUUAGCUGGUUGCCCCAAAAGUUUAUUUGAUUGGAUACAUUUUAACAAAGAAGAGUCAUCAAAAAUAUUUAAUAUUUUUACAGGAAAGGAAAACUCCAAGAAAUAAAAAUGUUUUUAAACAA